CUAAAAUUACGUCAUCGAUCUCUAUCCCUGAAACGAUUGUGUUGUCGUCUGCGCAGGUUAUUGAAAAUGUGGACAUAAACCUACUUUGGUAGUGUUCGAUUAUACCUGACUAUGGAGAAUGUGAACAGGCUUAAAAAAAGUUUUGAAGAGGGAUGUUUAUCAUCAGCUGCAAUAGAAGCUAUUAAGAGAGAUUGUAUUCAAAAAGCUGCAGAGGAGCUGGAGUAUCACAUUGCUAGACUUCAGAGUGACCUUUCACAGCUACAAGAUUUUCUAGGAUCUUUACAAUAUUUGGUGAAGCACAAUAAUGGUUGUGUGUCUGAUCUCUUUGAUCAAGGUCUGCUUGAUUUGAUUAAAGUUGUUUUUGAGCAAGUCCUUGGAAGAAUAGUGAGGGACGGGCCAUCAGAGACCCUACUAUCUACAAUUGAACUAUGUACAGAAACAGCAAAUGUACUUGCUGAUGCAAACUCCAAGGCUAAAGCAAAUGUUGUUCUUGAGUUGUGUCCAAAUUUUCUUGACCUCCUUCAAGUGCCUAUGCUAGGAUUCCAAACAAGAUUAGAGGUACUGAAGUCAACAAAUAUUCUCCUAGAACAAUGUCCAACUGGUGUGAAAGAAAUGUUACUGAAAAAUUCAGAUAAUGGAGAAAAAAUAUCUGACCUAGUGGAUUUGGUAAAGACAGUGGGAGAUUAUGAGUUUCAAGUUGGAAUUAUUGAAUGUCUUAUGCGACUAUUCCCAAGGAAAAGUCGACCUCAAUUUGCCUCCAAGUUUUUCUCAGAUAAAGACAUGCUGGAGCAAUUUUUGGCAAUAAAAGAUAAGGAUUUUGAAACAGACUGCAGGUUAUUCCUCAACUCCAUAAAUGCAAAGUCUGAGGACCCAAGCAAAGGGUAUGAUUCUUUGAAGAAGCCUUCAGAUGCUGGCUAUGAAGAGUUUUGGGUGGAUUUCAAUAUUGGCAGUGAAAGGCUAACAUUGUUCUGUGAGCAGGACAGCCUGUAUAGUCAGAAUCUCGGUUAA